AUGGGAGAUUGCGAAUGCAAGCCAUUGGGUUUUUUGAUAGGGUUGCCUUUUGCUUUUGUUUCUUUGCUCUUAGCUCUUGUCGGAGUUAUUGUUUGGAUUAUUGGGUCGGCGUUGAGUUGUUUGUGUCCCUGUUGCAUAUGUUGCGCCGGACUUGCAAAUUUGGCGGUGAGCCUUGUGAAGCUUCCGAUACAAAUACUUCGGUGGUUUAUUGAUUUGAUUCCUUGCUGA